GAAAAAUGCCGCUGCCGAAAGCUCUGUUUCGGCUUUGCAGUCUACCAAAAUGAGAAAUGAGAAUAGCUCUUCUUCGAAAGGCCAAAUUUGUCAUCGGAAAAUCACAGUGGUCUAGUACACUCGCGUUCCAUCAUCAAACCAAGGUAGCCCAUCUUCUCGCUGCGUUGAAAGAAUGCAGCAUCUCGAGAGACUUGCAAGAGGGGAAGAGGCUUCACGCCGAGGCAGGGUCCCGUGGGAACGAAACCAACGUUUUCGUGGCCAACAGCUUGAUCAACAUGUACUCCAAGUGUGGAGACAUGGCAGAAGCUCGCAAGGUCUUCGACGCCAUGGCGUGUCCUACGCUUGUCUCCUGGAACACUCUGAUGCUGGGAUACGCAGAGAACGGGCAGGAAGAUCUGGCUCUCGAGUUUCUGGACAGGAUAGAGGCUGAAGGAGGCGGCUGUGUAGCGGACGAUGCAAGCUACGUCGCUGCUUUCAAGGCUUGCUCGGGCUUGGCGGCUCGAGAAGAAGGCGAGGAGCUCGAUGGGAAGCUCGUCAAAGUUUCGGCUCUAGAGAAGACAAUGGAUCUCCACGCUCAAGCCGUGAGAAGUGGACGGGGUUUGCAAGCUAUGGCUUCAAGGAACGUCUUGGUUGAUACGUAUUGCAAGUGUGGGAGCAUGUUGGAUGCUCGCAAAGCGCUGGACAGGAUGAGAUAUCACAGCGUUGUCUCGUGGACUGCCUUGAUGAUGGGAUACUCGGAGAACCGCGAGGAAGAACUCGCCUUGAGCUUGUUCUUUCUUAUGGAAGAACAGGGACUGGAGCCGAACUCUCUGAUGGUUCUGUCCGCGUUGAAGGCUUGCUCAAGCUCCGCCGCUAGUGAAGAAGGCGUAGAACUUGGCGGCAAUCCUUUCGUCAAGAUGGUGGCGCUGGAGAAAGCAAUGGCUCUUCACCGUGAAGCCGAGAAGAAGAAGUGUCACGACGAGCUCUUCGUAGCAACAAGGCUGCUUCAAACGUAUGCGAAGUCCGGAAGCCUUGUGGACGCGCGGAGAGUCUUCGACAGGAUGCCUUGGCACAACACGGUGUCGCAGAAUUCUCUCAUCCUUGGCUGCGCGGAGAAUGGUGACGAGGAGCUGGCGCUGGAUUUGUUCUUCCGGUUCGAGCUCGAAGGCCGUGACUCGAAUGCCAAAACUCUCGUGGCUGCGCUCAAGGCAUGCAACGCUCUCGCAACGAAAGAAGAAGCCAAGCUCGUCGAUGGGAAGCUCCUGAAGAUAAAGUCGCUGGCCAAGACAAUGGCUGUGGAGUCUCGGGCUCGCUGCAAGGAUAUCUUCGUGUGGAACACGCUGGUUGAUACGUACGCGAAAUGUGGGAGCAUGGUGGACGCUCACAGGGUGUUUGAGAAGAUGGCGUGCCACAGCGUUGUGUCGUGGACAGCGCUCGUUCUUGGCUAUGCCGAGGGUGGAGACGGGGACUUUGCCUUGAAGCUGUUUGAGAGCAUGGAGCCUGGUGUCGCGAAUGUCCUCACUUAUGUUGCCGCGUUGAAAGCUUGCAUCACUUUCACUGGCAGCAAUGAAGUUCUCGGGAAGGAUGAAAGUACUCGAGGUGAUCCAGGAAGAGGUGAUCCAGGAAAAACACAAGUUCUCGGGAAGGAUGCAAGCGCUCAAGGAGAUCCAGGGAAAACUAAAGUUCUCGGGAGUGAUGGAAGUACUCAAGGUGAUCCAGGAAGAACUCAAGUUUUCGGGAAGGAUGGAGUCACUCAGAGUGAUCAACCAGGGAAAACUCGACGACAUCCAAGGAAUCCAGACAGACUCUCAGCAGUGAGCCAAGAACACCACAAGGAACAGCAGCUCCGCAAAGUCGAGUCGAUUCACUCUCGAGCUAUGGAGGCGGGCUUGGACUCAAACAUGUUAGUGGCGAGCAGCCUGGUGGAUCUUUACGCGCGGUGUGGCUGCACGGGAAAGGCUUGCAGCGUUCUCGAGGGAAUGAGCUGUCGCGACACAGUUGCAUGGAACACGCUCAUCCUUGGCUACGUCGAGAAUGGCGAAGCGCGAGAAGCUCUCGAGUGCUUCUCGAGGAUGCGAUCGGUGGACCGGAAUUGCAAGCCGAAUGCACAGACGUUCGUGGCUACUCUCAAGGCUUGCACGAAGCUGGCAGCGAUGGAAAGAGAGAUCCAUGAAGAAGAGAAAGAGAAAGAUCAUUCGGCCAAGGCGAUGGCGAUGACGAACAGCACUGGGAAUGCUUUGAAGAUUGGAGCUGAUCUUCACUCUCAAGCUGCAAAGCUCGGGCUUGAUCUCGACAUGAGCGUCGCGAACUCGCUGGUGGAGAUGUACGCCAGGUGUGGAAGCAUGCCCGAUGCUCGUCAGGUCUUCGACAAGAUCACCAUCGCCAGGAGCUCCUCGCAGAGUUCUUCGUCAACUUUGGUGCCACUUAUUGUAGGGUACGCCGAGAACGGCGACGCCGAGCUAGCUCUGGAGAUCUUCUUCGACUUCCACCGCCGCUCCAUCGACCAGCGCCGCGAUUCCUCCGCGAUCUUGGUGGCGGCGCUCAAGGCCAGCAGCGUUCUCGCUAGCCUCCCGGCUAGCAAGGCGAUCCACGCCCAGAUCGCUCGGGCUGGGCUGCUAGACCAGCGAGAGAUCAUCGUCACCAAUUGCCUCGUCGACGCCUAUGGCAAAUGCGGCAGUGCUCUCGACGCAAAGCUCCUCUUCGAUUCCAUCGCGCUGCUCGACACCGUCACCUGGAACUCCCUCCUCGCGGCGCACGGCAAGCUGGGCGGUAGCACGGACGCCGUGCUGCACCUCUUCCGCACAAUGUCGUACGAGAGGUACCGCGCGGACGGCAUCACCUUCGUGGCGGUGCUGGCGGCGUGCAGCCAUGGUGGGCUGGUAGACACGGGCAGCGAAUAUCUCCAAAGGAUGCUGCCCGUGUACGGCGUGCAGCCCCGGGCGGAGCACUACGCCUGUACGGUGGACAUGCUGGGGCGAGCCAAUCAGCUCGCGGCUGCGGUCCAGAUGGCGCGGGAUUUCGGGAGGGGCAGCGCUAUGAUAUGGCGGGCAGUUCUGGGCGCGUGCUGGAAGUGGGGGAAUGUGGAGCUGGGGGAGGUGGCAUUCGAGGCGCUGGUCGAGCUGGACGGCAGGGAUGCGUCGGCGUUCGCGCUAAUGGCUAAUAUCUACGGCUGCGCAGGGUUGUGGGAUAAAGUGCGAGACGUCGCGGGGUCGAAUCCUGGUGGUGGAUGUCCUUGCUAAGUUGGGAGUUCGAAUACUGGGAGUGUCAGCUCUGGCCUGGAAGCUGACCAGGUUCACGUGGCCUGGAUAUAGUUUAAUCUCACACGUUGGUCGCGCGAGGUAAAGUCCACCGUUGGAUA